AAUAGUUCAAUGUGAUAACUAACUGAUAACGCAAGGGAAAACAAGAGAAACUAAAAUUCUUCUCUGCUGUUCGUAUUAUCCACUAUCUUCCUCCUUCUCGAAUCCCACGACACAGCAGAACAAGCGUUCCCUUCCUUCGACUUCGCCGGUCCAGUAAUUCUUCCAUCCUUCGUCGUCGGCGCAUCGACUGUUCAGUCGUUCAGCAACUCGUUUCGUCGAAUCGUCGUCACUUACUCACUUGUGACUCGUCGCCGGUGACUCUUCGUCUUCACUUCUUCAUUUCUUGUUCGUCGGCAGGUCGGCAAGCGGCAGCGGCGCCAGAAUUCAGUCUUCAGGUCUUCUUCGUCAAACGACUUUGAACCCACGCAGCUGGAUUUGCCACUGCUCCAAUGUCAUCCAUGUCAAUGCCUUCAUCAAUCCGAACAAUCUCAACCAAACUUCCCCAAUUUAACCUCUUCCCUUAUUCUUUUUCUUCUUCUUCAAAACCUGUAAUUUCAUCUCUUCCUCACCCUUCUUAUUCUCUUCCUUCCUCCUUUAGACCUAUCUCUUUCCAACGUCUCCCUGCAAAAUCCGAAUCUCUCUCGUGUUCUUGUUCUUCUUCGUCUUUAGUUCAACCAACGAUUGAAGAACUUCCCCCCAACCUACAAGAAAUCAUCAAACUCUUCCAAGCAGCUCAAGACCCACGAGCCAAAUACCAGCAAUUAAUGUUCUACGCCAACAAGCUCUCUCCCCUUGAACAGCAGUACAAAACCAAGGAAAACAAAGUUGAGGGAUGCGUUUCUCAAGUUUGGGUUCGGGCUUUCUUAGACCAUGAUGAUGAUGACAAAAAUGAGAAAGUUGUUCGUUUUGAGGCUGAUUCUGAUUCCAUUAUGACCAAAGGCCUUGCUGCUUUACUUGUUUUGGGUCUCUCUGGUCGUCCAGUACCUGAAAUUGUAAGGGUUUCCCCUGAUUUUGUCACCCUUUUGGGCCUUCAGCAGAACUUAACCCCUUCUAGGAAUAAUGGGUUCUUGAAUAUGUUGAAGUUGAUGCAGCGGAAGGCUCUCCUUUUGGGAUUGGAGGCUGAAAAACAACAAGAAGGAAUUGAUACUUCACCUCAAAUUCAAUCGGGUAUUGAACAAAUGGAGCCCCAAGUGGAAAUAGUUGGCCUUAAACUCAAUGGGUCUUCUGGGGUGGAAAGUUUGGAUUUUGAUGUGGGUAAGAGCGAAGAUGUUGCAGAUGGGUCGAGCUUAUUGGGAACUAGAGGAGAGAGAAUUAAGGAGAAAUUGGAGAGAGAAUUGAAGCCUGUAGAGUUGGAAGUUGAGGAUAUAUCUUACCAGCAUGCUGGGCAUAUGGGAGUUAGGGGGAGUGAUGGGGAAACACAUUUCAAUUUGAAGAUAGUUUCUAAUGAGUUUGAAGGGAAGAGCUUGGUCAAGAGGCAUAGAAUGAUUUAUGGUUUGUUGCAGGAUGAAUUGGAAGGAGGUUUACAUGCUUUGUCAAUCAUUUCCAAGACACCAACUGAAGUAGAACAAGGAAGGUAGACAUAAUUAAGAGGAGCAUAAGUCUACAAAAGAGGCUUCCUUCCUUUUGGUAUGUUUAAUCUUCUCAAAGUUCGCAUGGUAUCAAAUGAGUUGGUUUGAAAUCAUCAAUAUAUUGAAGCGCUUCCGCAGUGUAUAUUACAAAUAGAACAAUGGUGAGGUGCGCCUGACUAUUCAGAUUUCAGAUGAUUAUGUGACAGGAGUGACGAAUUUUGGCGAUAUGCCUACAACCUUGAAUGGAGGAUUAGCCAUUACACAAGUAUCUGAUCGAGCUGCUACUUGAUUCUCUGAGUCACAUUCAAGUAUUGGCAAGUGUUUUGACUCACUAUCUUAUAAUGUGAAACUAGCAAGUAUUAGCAAGAAUGUAACUUAUGUAAUAUGACUAAUGAGACAUAAUUUAGGGGCUUUUUAAAUGAACAUGAAGCAGAUGCUCUUCCUGCAGUGCAAUCACUGGCUGCAUGUUUCUAGCAGAUACCCCUAAUAACUCUGUAAGGCGAUAACUAUUUCAGUUUAUCCAGUGUACUAUGAAGAUCAGUUCAUUGCAAUGAUGUAGUAGUAUGUGUUGCA